CGAGGCAUUAAAGCACUGGAAAUUUCAAACACAAAUUGGUAGCAAAACGUAAAUUUUUUUUUAGAAAAAUAGCGGUAUUGUCCGCUGUGUACAAGUAUAAUGCCAUUCGCAGCUAUAAAAUACCGUCGCCCAGCAGCUGUAGCCAGUAACACAGUAACCUCCUACUAACUAAAACAUGGGAAAACUUAUCGGCAUAUUUCUCCUAGCAUUGGCACUCUGCCAUCUCAGCCACAGCGAGCAAGACUGGUGGGAAAAUGGCAAUUUCUAUCAAAUCUAUCCGCGCUCCUUUAAGGAUAGCGACGGUGAUGGCGUUGGCGAUCUGAAUGGCGUCAACGAAAAGUUGGAAUACGUAAAGGAUAUCGGUAUGAAAGGUGUUUGGCUGUCGCCGAUAUUCCAGUCGCCAAUGGCUGAUUUCGGCUAUGAUAUUUCGAAUUACACCAAUGUGCAGCCUGAGUAUGGCACCAACGAGGAUUUGCUUGCCCUAAUCGAACGCGCACACAGUCUUGGCUUGCACCUCAUUCUCGACUUUGUACCCAAUCACACCAGCGACGAGCACGAAUGGUUCCAACGCUCAGUAGCCAAUGAUUCUUACUAUCGCGAUUUCUACAUUUGGCACGAUGGAGUUAUAAAUUCCACCACCGGUGAACGUCAGCCGCCCAGCAACUGGAUCUCACAGUUCCGCUACUCCGCCUGGGAGUGGAAUGAGCAACGCCAACAAUACUACCUUCAUCAGUUUGGCGUUAAACAGCCCGAUCUGAACUAUCGCAAUCCGAAUGUACUGGAGGAAAUGAAUAAUAUAUUGCGCUUCUGGCUGGCGCGUGGUAUUGAUGGUUUUCGCAUUGACGCUGUGCCCUUCCUCUUCGAAGUCGAAAUAGAUCCACAAACUGGCACUUAUCCCGACGAACCAUUAAGCUCUGACAUCAGCACCUGUCCCGAUCCGGAUGAUUGGUGCCAUUUGAACCACACCUUCACCAACUCGCUGCCCGAGGAUUUCGAGAUUAUCUACCAGUGGCGUGAGCUCGUUGAUCAGUGGACGCGCGAACACAACACCGACACCAAAGUGUUGCUCACGGAGGCCUACACUAGCUUCGAAAAUCUAAUGCACAUGUAUGGCGAUGGACUGCGUAACGGCUCGCAUGUGCCAUUCAACUUCGAGAUGUUGGCUGGUUUGAAUAAUAAGAGCAGUGCUUUGGACUUCGAUUAUUAUGUACAUCACUGGUUGAGCAACAUGCCCAAAGGCGUGUAUGCCAAUUGGGUGCUGGGCAAUCACGACAACCCAAGAUUGGCCUCGCGUUUCGGCGCACAACGUGCUGACCUAAUGAACAUCUUCUUGCAGACUCUCCCGGGAAUUGCAGUUACCUACAAUGGUGAAGAAUAUGGUUUGGAAAACGGCUAUGUCUCGUGGGAAGAUACCGUUGAUCCACAGGGCUGCAACGCUGACCCAACCACCUAUCUCCAGUAUUCACGCGAUAGUGAGCGCACGCCCUUCCUGUGGGACAACACGAAGAAUGCCGGUUUCAGUACUGCUGAUCGCACUUGGCUGCCAAUUGGUCAGUCGUAUGCAGAUAAUAAUGUGGCAGCGCAGUUGGCUGCUGAGAACAGCCACUUGAAAAUCUUCAAACAGCUAACGCAGUUGAGGCAGUCGGAGGCUGCUUUCAUUGAUGGUAGCUAUGUGUCAGUCGUCGUGAAGAAUGUAUUGGUGUAUAUUAGGGCCGCUGAGACUGGUGACAAAUACAUUGUGGUGCUGAAUAUUGGUGACGAAAAUGUAUCUUUGAAUUUGGGUACUCUAUUCGAUGAUCUAAGUGCCAAGCUCGAGGUUGUUGUCAGUUCACUGCACUCCGACAUACCAAAUGGGCAAAUCGUGAAUGCCAAUUCGUUUGAGGCCAAGGCAUACAACGGAUAUGUUUUACGUUUGGCCAUUUAAGUCCAGAUAUGCAUUUGCAAGGCAGCGCGCCAGUAAUGAAUGGUGGCUGGUAUACAAAUAAAUAAAAAUACUUAAGCAUACUAAAAAAAAAACAAUUUUACUGCCCCUUUAAUUAGUUUUGAAAUUAUUUCCCACUAAAACAAUCAUGUUUCUAUAUCUACUGAUUUGUAGCACUCUUGAGUAGCUGAAGAGCUUGCCUAAAGUUUUUAUUACUUAGUGAUAAAUGCCUGUUAACACACUCGGCUGCGACAUCUGUUGCUUUCUAUAACUUGGCAACA